AUGCGUCGGCCCCUCCCUCUAGAGGUUUGGUUGCUGAUCGUCGAUGAACUUGGUGCGGCACGCGAAUACGAUGCGCUGGAAGCUUGCGCAGAGGCUAGUAGCAAGGAAUCCCAGUUGCUGAAUGAGAGAGCAAAGAAAUACAUUCCUAACGAACUGGGAUUUAGGACGCCGGAGGAGGUAGCGAGCAUCCGGGUGGCGCGGAAGCUGGGGUGGCUGGGACCAAAGUGCGUGCGCAUCGAGGGUGGAGAGCAUCGUGGCGAGCGGCUGCCGAUUCCACACCUGGCGACAUUCGCCUCGAGGCUCGCACGAAAGUGGUACAACGUAUCGGUGAUGGUGAUUAAGAGAGCGGAGUGGCGGGCGCAGGAUCUGGAUUCCCCCUCCCUCUCGCUCAACCUGUGCUACUUCGCCUCGAUCACCCGUCUCCACCUCCAUGAUGUUGCCUUUCCGACCGUCCGCGCAUUUUGGCGUCUCGUCUGCGCAUUCCCGGACCUUGUGACGCUUCGUGCCUAUGACAUCGAGAUCGCCAACACUGCCAUCGACGCACGAACGCUCGCUGCUCUGCGCCUUCUGUCCGCUCCCGUCGAGCUGGGCGUAAUAGAAAUUGUCACCGAGCAGCCUGGAGACUUCGCAGCGCGCACCGAUUGUGCUAAGCUGUUCCAGGCGAUCACACCGCAGGCGGUGCCAUUUCUUAAGACGUCUCUAUGGAGCUUGGUAUCCGAGCUGGAUUUCCAGCAUGUCACCUGUUCGACGGCUGCUGCCUUUGCACGCUUGCUUUGUGCCCUUCCCGCCCUCAAGAAACUCUCCAUUCGAGGGCCGUGCACGUUCUUGGAACAAUCCACAGACGUCCCGGACAUGACGUUUCGAUUGGACCGACUCGAUCUAGGCAAGGACUUCUCCCUGCAGUCUGAGUCUCAGUCAGUGGAUGCUCUCAUCGGCCUUUUCACUCAACCUCGUGCCGGUGGCGGCCUGCGAGAUAUCUCCGUGUGGCUGUCUCCGUACCUUCGUGUAAUGACGAGCACAGAUGUUGCCCUCAAUAGACUGGUUAAGCAUGCUGGUCGAUCACUGAGUGGGCUUGGCCUAAGGGCGCUUCCGGAAGAUGGCUUCCGACUGUACAGCAAGGCAUCCAUACUUGCAGCGCCAAACACAGUCCGUUCCUUCAAUAUCGCGGCGAAUACAGACCUCAGUUUUCUUGGCUGCUCGAUCGAGUUCAAAUCUGACAAAUUUCAGGAUUCUCCUCUGUUGGAGAUGUUGCACAACAUCACGUCGGAAUGGAUAACUCACGUGUCUGUGACUUUUCAAGUCAAGAACGCAGCCGAUUUGCCAAGAUUCUGGAUUGCCCUGUCACAGCUCGAUUUAGCCCUCUCCAGAAACGCCUUUACAAACCUCCGCAGGGUCCGAUUAUACUUGUGCGGGAUUGAAGUGACCAAUAUGAUUUCGGACUGUAUCACGUUGUGUUUGCGGAGGUUAUACAACCGUGAUAUCCUGAAGUGUGUGGCACAGACAGAACAGUUACGACUAGAGAUCCCUCGCUCGUGCUGGGCAUGA